AUGAAUAUGGAUAACCAAAGAAAGAAAAGUGUAGGGCACAAGAAGAUCGAGAUCAAGAAGAUUGACAAAGCAUCGAACAGACAAGUCACAUUCUCAAAGCGAAGACAAGGUCUAUUCAAAAAAGCAAGUGAACUUUGUGUCUUAUGUGACGCACAUGUAGCCAUGGUGGUGUUUUCCCCGUCCGACAAACUAUUUUGCUUUGGUCAACCCAACAUCGACACAAUUCUUAAUAGCUACAUCAACGAAACCACUGAGUUUGAGGAUUCGAAGACUUCAUCAUAUGAAGAGUACAAUAGACGAUAUGAGGAGGCAUUAAAAAUGUUGGAGUCGGAGAAGAAGAAACUAGCCGAUGUUCAAAAUUUGAACAAAAGCGAUUGGUGGAAUGAUUCCAUUGAUGAUAUGAGUAUUGAAGAGCUUGAACAAUUUAUGGAAUCCAUUAAAGAGUUAAAGACUAACCUUAAUGAACCAAUGCUUUGCAGGACCAUGGAAUUUCUUGAUCUGGAUGAAUGA